CACUCCAUCCCACAUCCCAUUUCUCGUCCUUCAAAAAGCAUGUUGACAAGUUCCAUCCAGCGAAGACUGAUCCAUCUCACAUGGCGGCACCUGAAGAAGAAAAGCCCCGCGGAAAAAAGGUGGCUCGUCCGCCAGUCGAACGACCCCUACGUCAAAGAUUCGCACGCCCAGAACUUUCGCUGCCGAAGCGCCUUCAAGUUGCUGGAGAUCGACGACAAGUUCCGGCUCCUUCAGCCGGGAUUCAGCGUGGUGGACUGCGGUGCUGCGCCCGGCGCCUGGAGCCAGGUGGCGGUUCAUAGGGUCAACGCGGCAGGGACAGAUUCAAAGUUCCCCUGUGGUACAGUCCUCGGCAUCGACCUCCAAAACUUACACGCUCUGGAUGGCGCCCACUUCCUGUCCUGCCACGACGUCGCCGACCCCGCCACGCACGCCAAGCUUCCCCGCCUCCUCCCCGGGGGCCGGGCUCAUCUUCUCCUCAGCGACAUGGCCCCCAACGCCAGCGGCUUCCGGGACCUGGACCACGAGAGGGUGGUCUCGCUGUGCUUUUCUCUCCUGGACUUGGCCGAGAAGAUCCUGCGGCCCGGAGGUUCUCUCCUGUGCAAGUACUGGGACGGGUCCUUGGCCGGCGGACUCCAGGAAAAACUCUCGCUGGUGUUUGGGAGCGUACAGAGUUUGAAGCCUAAUGCCAGCCGGAAGGACUCCGCUGAGAGGUAUUUCCUCGCCAGGAACUACCGUAAAGUUAAGGGAUAGCGGAUUUUAAUACCACUGCCAGUGUCUUUUUUUUUAAAUCAUAGAAAAUAAAGACAAAAAGGGGGGAAAAAAACUGCCUGCCUGGCAGCUUUAUGUCACUUUUUCUCAUUAGAUUUCACCUCAUUCCACUUUUUUUUUAAAGGGGAAGAACAUUAUCACCAGACUCAUGUAAGCGUCAAUAUAUACCUUGAUGUUGCAGAAAAAAGAACAUAUGUUUUUUUAACCGAUUUCCGAACUCUAAAUGGGUGAAUUUUGGCAAAUUAAACGCCUUUCUGUAUAUGCCUCUCUGAACGA